AUGUCUUUGGCCCAGAUGUUGGCUCCCGCUCGAAUUCGUUUCGUCGGAGCUGCCGUCAUUGCUCCACGAGUUGUGUCUUCUUUGACUCGCCUUUAUUCUACAACCAAGGGCUCAUUCAGCUCACAAGAUAUCCACAAUGUAUCUCAUAACCCGGACCAUAUCCAGUCAAAGAUGCCAGAGAGAAAGCUUCUGCGCAACAAAAGCCGAUUCAACGAGUUUGAUCUCGAGGGCCGAGUAUAUGCCAUUACCGGUGGAGGUGGAGGAUUGGGAUUGUCCAUGGCAGAAGCUUUGAUUGAAGCAGGUGCAAGAGUGUACUGCUUAGACCGUCUUGAAACCCCCCAUCCAAAUUUCUUGGUUGCCAAAGAGAAGGCCGAGAAUGAAUAUGGCGGUAGCUUGGAGUAUAUAUGUCUCGAUGUCUGCAACAACAUUGAAGUCAACAACGUGUUUUCUACAAUUGCCGCACAGAAUGAAAGGCUGGACGGCCUGAUUGCUGCUGCCGGAAUCAAUCACCUCCAAAGCGCGCUGGAGCACUCCCAGCAGGCCCUGGACGAUGUAAUGUCAAUCAAUUUUAACGGAGUGUUCAACUCGGCCACCGCUGCCGCCCGUCAGAUGUUCAACUAUCAACAGAAGGGAUCAAUACUCCUGGUAGCAAGCAUGAGUGGUCUCAUUGCUAACAAAGGUAUGACUUCGCCAGUGUAUAACGCAUCAAAGGCCGCCGUGAUUCAACUCAGUCGUUCACUUGCCAUGGAAUGGGGUCGUCAUGGCAUUCGUGUUAACAACCUGUGCCCUGGUCACGUCAUUACCCCAAUGGUCCACAAAGUCUUCCAUCAGAACCCUGCUGCUCGUGCCACGUGGGAGGCCGAGAACAUGCUCGGUCGCUUGGCUUUGCCUGAGGAGUUCCGCGGAACGGCGCUAUUCUGUCUUUCUGAUGCAAGCAGUUUCAUGACUGGAAGCACCCUGGUCAUUGACGGUGGCCACACUGCCUGGUAA